UUAAAAUCAAGACAAAAAUAUUUUUUUAAAAACUCUUUUUGAAAAAAUCAUAACUUUAUUUUGCAUUUUAGAGUUCAAAAAGUUACCCAAUUAUUUAGGUUAGAUCUAUUGUUUCACGGCCCUCUGUUGUUCCUCCUCCCUACGCCCAACAAUUCUACGCUCAACGCUAUCAAUGCAGGAAUGGCCAAGACAAGGAGUAUGACCAGAAACCAGAAUGAUGAUGAUGAUGAUAAUGCAUCAUCAUCAUCAUCUAGCAGGAACACGAGUUUUGACAAGGAUCACGUAGGACCUUGGUCAGAUGUUAAUCAUGACGUGCUUUUUCUAGUUAUGAUGCAACUAAGAGUUGUUGAUUUUAUUGCAUUCAGAGGAGUUUGCAAGUCAUGGAGGUCAUUUGCAGUAUCUAAGAGUAGCAUAUUUUUGGCGUCUAAACCACCCAUGAAGAUAAGUAUCAAUCCCCAUGCUAAUAAUCAAGACUGCUACAUCUACUUGAAGGAGGAUUUUGAAGAGCCAAUGUUUAAAACCAUCCUUCCCCAUUCAGCUGGCAGGAUCUGUAUUGGAUCAACUUGUGGUUACCUGAUCUUGUUCAGUAGUGAAACCCGUGACUUCUGGCUUGUGAAUCCAAUCACAAGGCAUGAGCUUCAUUUCCCUGAUUUCCCCUUAUGUGUUGCUGAUCUGCCUACUCAUGAAAAAGAAAUGAGGGCUAUCAAGGGUAUCCUUGUCUUUUCACCUUCAAUAUCGGGGCGGGUGUUUGUUGUGUUAAGUUCAAAAUUAUCACUGUCUUUUUAUAUCGCGGGUAAACCAGGAUGGAAUCAUGUCUCCUCUUCUCUCCCCAUAGUUGAUGUACAUGUUUUUAAAGGGAAGAUAUAUACUCUACACUCUGAUUGUUCUUUAGGUGAACUUAGACUCGAUCUGAACUCAAAGUGGAAGGGAAAAUGGAUGUUACUUGAAACAAAGAGUUUUCCGAAGCCAAACUUGUACUUUCUGCAACUUGUGAGUGCAAAUGAAAAGCUUCUAGUGAUAAAUUGGGUUUCAAACCAGAAAAUUUUCAUGGAACUAGAUUCUGAGGAAAUGAAAUGGGUGUCGCCAAAAAAGACAAUACAAGAAUGUGCAAUCUUUUAUAGCAGCUUGACCUCUUGUGGUGUUAUUAAACCUGAGUCAUGGACACGACACAAGCGCUAUGGUCAAGGUGUGUUCCGUUGUGAAGGGAUGUGGUACUUCCCCAAUGAUUGUUUGAAUGUUAAUCUAUUAAAUGAGUGAUGAUUUCUUAAUUACCACUCUUUAUCUUUCUUUCUUUCUUUUUUUUUCUUUUUCUUUAUUUUUUAAAAUUUUUGAAGUAUUAAAUUUCCAUAUACAACACUUUUAAGACGGUAAGAAACACCAUCGGUGUAUUUGCAUCUUGUAACUUAUUAUGUAACAGUUUGAGAUUUCUCUUUCCUGCCACAA